CGCACAAAAAAAAAAAAAAAAAAGAUAACUCGUCCCGGGACGGCUACAUAGAACCAACAACCAUGUCGGGUGCUGUAAUCAAGGACGAUUACGACAAUUGGUUCUUCACAACCAACAAGACGGAGAACAAGUGCCCGUCCGUCAACGCCAAAUGCAUCCCGCCCAAGGCCUGCUCUAGGGACCCCAACACCGGUCAGUCGUUCUGCUGCGACACGGGGCCCAAGACGGUGUGCUGGCGGGGCGCUACGACGUGCAAGACGGAUGGGACGACCUUGUCGUGCGGAUCGGGGACGGACAGUUGGUGCUGUUUAGCAGGGUCCGAGAAAUGCACCGAGAGAUCGGGUCAAACCGGCAUCUGCUGGAGCACCCUCCAGAACACCCUCAAACAGAUCAGCGAGUCCGACCUCGAAGAAGCAUUCUCGUCGCUCAGCAGCGCCAAGCCGGGCUCUUCGACGCUGCCAUUUACGCCCUCGACUCUGAUAGCGGCGACCAUGUCGGGGGCUUCCGAAAGCGGCGCCGCCACGGUCACGGCGACGGACGUGCCGGGCUCGCCCUCGAGCACCUCCUCUCCGUCAUCCGACACCGCUGGCAGUGGCAGCAGCAACAAUAACGGCAACGGAGGCCUGACGCCAGGGGCGAUAGCUGGCAUGGUCGUCGGCCUGGUCCUGGGGCUUGCCGUCAUUGCGCUCUCGGGCUUUCUGAUCUGGAAAUGCAUCAAGAGGAGGGACGCGAGGGCCGCGGGAGGCGGCGGGGAUGGGCAUCCGACGACGGGCGAGCUGGACGGCACGCCGUCGUCGUCGCCCGAGCUUCUCAAGUCGUCGGCCCAGUCAUCCCACCAGCCGUAUGGCUAUCACCAGAUCGCGGGCUCGCAUGGAGGCGCAGCCGAGGUGGUUGGCAGUAACGGUGUGGCUAAAAGUGCCGAGUUGCAUCAGGACAAGGCCUGCCAUGCGCCGUCGGAGCUGGAUGCGUCGGUCAAUGGCGCGGGUCUGCAGGAUUCGGUCAACGAGUUGCCGGGGGAUUGGCGCGUUCGCGAUAGGCAUAGCGAGAAGACCUUAUCGACGACACCCAUGUUGCGGUGAUUUGUGCAUGCAUGGCUUUUGUCGUUAUUUCUGUUUUAACAAUAAUACAUUAUACCCGGAAUCGGAAGAUUUCCCCCUUGAUAUGAGAAA